AUGGCAGACAAGAUGUCCAUUGACAAAAACAUUAUGGCCAAAGAAGACAGUGAAGAAUCCAUGCGAUCCAGCCCAGAAAACGAGCAUGCAUCUGCUCCCACCACCAAUACUCCUCAAGAACCCCAACAACCCAAGCGUAAGGGUGGUCGAAAGCCUAUCUAUGCGACCUCUGAGGAGCGAAAGCAACGGAACCGACAGGCCCAAGCGGCUUUCCGAGAACGCCGGACCGAAUAUAUAAAGCAGCUGGAGGAGACUAUUCAAAUCCAUGAGCAAAACUUGCACAACCUGCAGACCGCCCACCGAAAUGCAGCGGACGAAUGCUUGAUGCUCCGUUACAAGAACUCCUUGCUGGAGCGCAUCCUCCUGGAGAAAGGUAUCGAUGUUCAAGCUGAGCUUUGCGCCAAAACAGCAAGCCCUAACUUGGGCCCGACCCACGUCCCCCAACCCGUCUCGCAGCCUCCUCCGGUCCAACGAGCCAUCAUGAACCGCCACCACCAGUCCCGCCGGUCCGUUUCGAGCAUUGCGCCCAAGGUUGAGCCUGGUGUGGGACAGCUAGCUACUCCCCCAGCCUCCCUCUCAUUUGGUGCCCCACCUGCUCCCUCGCCUCCGGCAUCCGAGGUCGGGCCACUCCGAACGCCGGCAACAGCACCUCAACAUCAACUUAGCCCGGUGCCUGGGCCGGCUGCCAUCUCUCCUGCUAAAUCCCGGCCUAAUCCGGCUCUCUCCUCGGCCUCGUCUGCCGCUAACAGCCGCUUCGCAACGGCUACUGCGGCAUCGUCAGUCGUGACCCCGAACGCUACCCCAGCUACCAUCACGUCUCCAAAUGCGGCUUCUGGAUACUAUGCUACUCCUUCAUUCCAAAAUCAUAUUGAGCAACUUGAACAAGAGUACGAUGCCCAGGACGUCAUGGAUGACUCCGAAAUUGAUACUCCUAGCGGCCCUGGACCCUAUCCUGCUCCCUUCUCCGACCCCUCUCAAGCGAUGGCUCUGACACCGGCCUCGCCCGAUCACCCCGACCGAUUCCAACUUCCGGAGCCCAGGCCGUCCCGACCUCUGCGCCGAUGCAAAGCUAUGGCAACUUGA